AUGGCCGAGAGAAAGAGGAACUGGAAUAAAGAAGAUGACCUGCCUGUGUAUCUAGCUAGGCCGGGUACGACAGCCCAGACACCGCGGCAGAAAUACGGGGGGAUGUUCGCCUCGGUGGAGGGGGCCUACGAGAACAAAACCAUCGACUUCGAUGCCUACAGCGUGGGGAAGAAGGGGUCCCGCACCCCGCGGAGCGGCAGCCGGCACGAUAUGCUGGACGGAGGAGACAACUACAGUGAGACCGCCAGCGACAUCAGCGAGGUCUCCGGUUCCGUCAUCAGCUCCCCGGGAGACCGGGAGGACAAGACCCCGGGCGUGGAGAUUAGAUACCCCGUGGGGAAAGAGCUGCUGCAGGGCCAGGACAAUGGGCAGAGUGAUCGACUACUCAUUAAAGGUGGAAGAAUUAUCAAUGAUGACCACUCCUUCUAUGCAGACCUGUACCUUGAAGAUGGACUUAUAAAGCAAAUAGGAGAGAAUCUGAUUGUUCCAGGAGGAGUCAAGACCAUAGAGGCUAACGGGCGCAUGGUUAUUCCUGGGGGAAUAGAUGUCAACACUUACCUACAAAAGCCCUACCAAGGAAUGACUGCUGUUGAUGACUUCUAUCAAGGCACAAAAGCAGCCUUAGCAGGGGGCACCACCAUGAUCAUUGACCACGUGUUUCCAGAACCUGGAUCAAGUUUACUGACCUCCUUUGAAAAGUGGCAUGAGGCAGCUGACACCAAAUCCUGCUGUGAUUACUCUCUCCAUGUGGACAUCACCAGCUGGUAUGAUGGGAUUCGAGAAGAGCUGGAAGUACUGGUGCAAGACAAAGGUGUGAACUCUUUUCAAGUCUACAUGGCCUACAAAGACCUCUACCAAAUGUCUGACAGCCAGCUUUAUGAAGCCUUUACCUUUCUAAAAAGUCUUGGGGCUGUUAUCCUGGUCCAUGCUGAAAAUGGAGACUUGAUAGCUCAGGAACAAAAGCGUAUCCUGGACAUGGGAAUCACUGGGCCCGAGGGACAUGCCCUGAGCAGGCCUGAGGAGCUUGAAGCAGAAGCAGUUUUCCGUGCCAUCACCAUUGCCAGUCGAAUAAACUGCCCAGUGUACAUCACCAAAGUGAUGAGCAAGAGUGCAGCUGAUAUCAUUGCACUGGCCAGAAAGAAAGGUCCUCUUGUGUUUGGAGAGCCAAUCACUGCCAGCUUGGGGACAGAUGGGACACAUUACUGGAGCAAGAACUGGGCCAAGGCUGCAGCUUUUGUGACCUCGCCACCUCUGAGCCCUGAUCCUACCACUCCAGAUCACUUAAAUUCACUCUUAGCAUGUGGGGACCUGCAGGUGACAGGAAGUGGACAUUGCCCAUAUAGCACUGCCCAGAAAGCUGUUGGAAAGGACAACUUCACUAUGAUUCCUGAAGGGGUCAAUGGAAUUGAGGAAAGAAUGACUGUUGUCUGGGACAAGGCUGUAGCCACAGGCAAGAUGGAUGAGAGCCAGUUUGUAGCUGUCACCAGCACCAAUGCUGCCAAAAUCUUUAAUCUGUACCCAAGAAAAGGCCGGAUUGCUGUGGGAUCAGAUGCUGAUGUUGUUAUUUGGGACCCUGACAAGGUGAAGACUAUCACAGCUAAAAGCCAUAAAUCGGCUGUUGAGUACAACAUCUUUGAAGGAAUGGAGUGCCAUGGUGCCCCUCUGGUGGUGAUAAGCCAAGGGAAGAUUGUGUUUGAAGAUGGAAAUCUGCAUGUAAAUAAGGGAAUGGGUCGCUUCAUCCCUCGCAAACCUUUCCCUGAAUAUCUGUACCAGCGUGUCAAAAUCAGGAAUAAGGUGGGAGGACUGCAAGGAGUCUCCAGAGGAAUGUAUGAUGGGCCUGUGUAUGAAAUCCCAGCUACGCCAAAAUAUGCAACUCCUGCACCCUCAACUAAAUCCUCCCCUGCCAAAAACCAGCCCCCACCAAUCAGAAACCUCCAUCAGUCUAAUUUUAGCUUAUCAGGAGCUCAGAUAGAUGACAACAACCCACGCCGUACCGGUCACCGUAUUGUGGCACCUCCAGGUGGUCGCUCUAAUAUUACCAGUCUUGGCUGA